AUGAUUUUUCGCGGAGGCCAAGCUCACACUUCCUCGCAUCCCCAACCUCAAACUGCCUCAUCGUUAACUCCUCAACCUCAUCAUCAUCAACGUAACCAAUCAUUAGUAGUGAACUCUGUGCUUCAACCCAAAACUUCGUUGCCGUGUCUUCAUCCUCACAGAGCGCAUAAAACAAACUCUGGUCACUUGAGUUUACAACAAUCACAAUUGUUAGAUCCCAGUAAAGGAACAGAGACCCCGAAUUCCCUGGAAAACAGCACCUUCUUGGCUGAGGGAUACACUGAAGACGGGGUGUUGAGCAAGUAUGACAAUGUGACAAGGCAAGUAAACUAUAUGUUGAAAAGGAGUCUCCUCCAUUGGGGGCGACAUCAAAUGGCAAUUUUUAAGACAUUCGGAGGGAUUUGAAAAAUCACAGCGGGAAUUUAUAAACAAAUAUUAUUGCCAAGAAAGUACUUUCCAAGCGCCAAAGAACUAUUUUUAACUCAGAAUAACACUCAGACUUGGCUUAAUCUCUGGAUUUUAUAAAGACCCCCGGUCAGAGUGUUAAUCAGGGAUGAACACCUGAUCAGGCAGUUUGCAGUAAUGAGAAAGCGGAGGGAAAGAAAAAACGACUUGUAUCGUGUUUUGUCUCAAGCUUGGGGAGGGGUUUCAAAUACGAUUUUUGGGAGAGAAAUUAACAGGGUAAACAAAUAAGCUGACUUUUUUGUUUAAUACGGCAUAUUAUUUAUCUAAAGUCAGGGUAAUACUACCUAUCUUUAUAAAUUUCGCAACUAUUAACCGAUUUGUAACUUUUUUAUAAGCUGGGUUGAGACGAAACAUAAUUCAAAGACCUUUUCUCGGAUCAAACUGAUGUCGGCUCGGAUCUUUGCUAAUUGGAGAUUUCGUUAUCUGAUGACGAAGGCCAUAAAAUUUUAGACAAAAACAAAGAGUUUGAGCGGGGGUUGAUCGAGGUUUUAUUGAGGGUCUCAGAUGAGUUGGCGUUGAAAUAGGGCCAGUAAAUUCGAACCUGUUUUUCGUUUACAGUAAUUUUUCGGCGUUUUAGAUGACAUAGAACAUACUCUGGCAUACCACUUAUAAAAAACUUUUCUUAGUUUUGGACAUAUUUAUGACAUUCAAAAUCACAUAAAUUUCGGAAAUGCCCUUGAUGAAGCGCCUCAUUCGAGAGCAAAUGAAUGUUUUUUCAAGCUUUAUUUUUUCAGGCCAAUCUCAUCGGCCUCGGCCUUGGAGGAGACGUUAAAUUCACUUAGUUUCAACGGGAGAAUUGAUGAAAAUUUAUCCUACAAGUCAUCACAGGUAAAAUAACUCUUAUAUCAUUAAAAUAACUACCAUGGUGCCUUUUUGCAACGUUACUGUAACUUGAAAUUUUCACGUUUUCGUAUUUUAGAUGCUUAGCCAAAGCCGGGUUAAUUUUUCGAAUGGAAGGAACUCAGUCUACGAGGAUCAGAAAAAGAGUUCACCCAAACCAAAAGGCUGUCUGAAACUUGUAAGUUCUCUAUGUUACAUAAUCUACGAGUUUAGGGGACAAAUAGGCCUUCUGCCGACAGAUUUCUGAGCUUUUCGUAUGCAUGAAACAUGCUUAUAAGACUCAAUUUUUGAGAAAUUUUGUUGAUAUUACUAAUGAGCUGUCUAAUUCUGCAUUUUCGAGUGUUUUACAGGGGCUGCUUAAAGGUAGAUUGCUUGCAUAUGCCCGUAGGGUAGAUAGUAUUUGUGUACAAAAGCUGCACAGACCCUUAUAACUUCAACUUGAUACUUGUUUCAGAUCAUCUACUAUUGCCAGAAACUCCACCGAUUCCGGGUUCUGGGCCCGUGGAUUCUCCUUUUCAUCUACUCCAUUCUCGGCGCCAUCGUCUUCUUUUACGUUGAACAUGACCAUGAACAGGACCUCUUCAAGUAAUAUAAUAUUUUUGCGAACAAACACAUUUCAACUUUCAGAAGAGAGAAGGACAUGAUUGACAAUUUGAGAAACCGGACGAUACGUCAACUGGCCGAGAUCAUGUCUCAUCCCGCUUACAGCCGCUCAACCAAAGCAUUCCAGGCCAGGUGAGACAAGGGGGAAAACAAGUCAAACGGGCUUACGUCAUGCGAAAAACACUGUGAACUUUAGGGGAAAUGUUUUGAAACUAUGAGGGGUUAAAAGACAUUUUUUAGAGAAAGUCUUCUUAAUAAUACAUAAUAUAGUAACAUCAACAAAAAAAAUUAUAAAAUGCAUAAGGCAACCGUGAGAAUUCAUUAAAAUUGUAUAGAAAGCUUCCGUCUUGGCUGAAAAUCAGUUUUCAAAAAAAGAAAAAAAUUAUCUUGUGCUUUCAAAACAAUUGAUAUUCAACGGUUUUUGCAGAUGAGAGAUUACAAAAAUAAAGAGACGGCCAGAGAAAAAUACAGUAGAGUUUGCUAGAUCUCUUUGAAAUUUUAUUUUUUUGUGACUUUUGUUCAGCACGUUUUUGUACAUCAUAAUCGUUUUCCUACUGAAUGACACAUUAACCUUCAGAGACGCCCUGGUCAAAUUCCAAACAGAAGUCGAGCGAGUUCGACUCCCCGAGGCCCUCGAAUGGGAUAUGUGGGGAGCCCUUUUCUACGUCGGAACUGUCUUUACAACCAUUGGGUAUGGAAAUAUUACUCCGAGAACAACCACCGGACAAGUUUUGAGCAUCUUCUACGCCGUGUUCGGGAUUCCGUUGGUGUUGGCGAUUCUCUCCAAAACCGGCAAAGAUAUGACGGACAUGUUCAGCAAGAAGUGGAUCUUAUACCGACAUUGGCUCAAGAAGAAGACGAUGCAGCAUAAGACGAGAAGGAAAAGCAAGACUUCGGAGCUGCAUCUAAUGGAAGGUGGGAGGAUAAAGUGAGUUGUUCUUUUUUGUAAUUGUUCUUAAAAACUUGAAAGUCUGGCUUUACAUUUGAAAAAAUACCCUUGUUUGAUUGCCUGAUGAACUAGGUAUUAUUUCAGUGAUCCCCUUGCAAGUUCGAUGACUUCAAGUGGGAUUGACACGAAAUCCGAGCUGGAAGAGGAGCUCGAGUCCCGGACAAUCCCAAUUUGGCUGGCCCUUUUCGUCUGCCUCUCCUACAUCUGCAUUUGUGCUGGGAUGUUCUGCAUUUGGGAGAAGAAAUGGUCGUAUUUCACCUCGUUUUAUUUUAUUUUCAUCUCGUUGUCGACCAUUGGAUUGGGCGAUGUUGUUCCAGAAUACCCAAGAAUGUUGAUUGUGAUGUUUGUCCUGGUGAUUAUUGGACUUUCCAUUGUUAGUAUGCUGUUGAGUGUCAUUCAGGUAGGAAACCAAUACCUUUUAUGGAGUUUUAUGAUCUUCUUGUUGCUAUAUAUAGCCGAAGAUCAUUUUAGAUCAAGAUGGAAGAGUUUCUCUACAGCUUGAUUUUGGAGAUGCAAAAGGAAUAUAAGGAAGCGAUUGAUACAGGCAACUUUGAAAGGGCUGCAGAAUUGUUGAAGGAGUGCAAAGAAAACCCGAUAUUGCAUAAUAUUGCACCUCAUAUCAUCAAUAAUGACAAAAUCCAUGCGAUUGAGGAAAAGGUAAAAUAAGACUGAAAUAGGAAAAGCAAAGCGUAUUUUACAACUCUAAUACAACGGUAAAUUUUACAGAUCGACAUCUUGGAAAAGGUUAUUCAGCCAACAAACACGAGGAUGGUGCAAACCGAGGAUUUGGACAGUGUGAUGACAAAUGGCAUCAGUAUUAGCGAUCCACAGGAGGGGAGGAAAAAUUUGGUGAGUUGGAAGCAUUUUGCAUUUCAAUUCAAGUAAUGUCAUAAACUUUCAACGACCGAGAAUACCCUAUUUUUUCAGAAAGACGUUUCCACCGCAGUCAGUUCGAAUCUGCAUAAAAUCACAGAAGAAGACAGUGAGACCGAUAACAAUCAUUUAAUCGACAACUUCAAAGUUGAAAAUGCCAAUGUCCGGAAGGAGAAUGGGUUCGUUACAGCUCCACACAGCUUUGCCAAUGCCAAGGACGCCACCGAUUCUGAGUCCAUAUCAGAUAUCACUUCAUUGCCCUUGGAUCCAAUCAAGUGCGUUUUCGAAAUUUCGUUAUGAUUACAUUAAUGUUACCUUAAUCUGCAAAUGCAAAAAAAAAUUUUUUAGCUCAAUGAAUCGGUCUCGUCUUGACCAAUCUCUGACGAAAGAAAUCAACGAAGCCUUUGAUUUGAACGAUGAGGACUUUAGCAGCAGUCAAUUCAGUACUGCAAUGAGUGAAAAUUCCGUGGAAUCUGUGAUAAAGCGGGACUUCCAUGAUCGAUCCAUCGAAUGCUCGCUUUGGAAACAGGUCGGUUACUCCUUUCAUGCCAUAAAAUUUUCUUGUAUUGCAUUAGACUUCACUGCCCAUUUUUAA